AUGCAAUAUGUAGGAAGGGCAUUUGAUUCUGUUACGAAGACAUGGAAUUCUAUCAAUCCCUCUACGUUAUCAGGAGCCAUUGACUUAAUUGUAGUAGAACAGGAGGAUGGAACUCUUGCAUGCUCACCUUUUCACGUUCGAUUUGGGAAAUUCAGCUUACUGUUGCCUUCUGACAAGAAGGUUGAGUUUUCAGUAAAUGGCCAAUUGACCGAUUUCAACAUGAAAUUGGGAGAUGGGGGAGAAGCUUUUUUUGUUUUUGCUACUGAAAAUGCAGUGCCUAAAGAAUUACAAACUUCGCCCAUUGCUUCUCCCAUGGCCUCUCCAAGACAAGGUCCUCUCAUUAAUAUUCACGAGCCUCAAGAUUUGCAAUUGGAAAGCCCUGCACAAAGCAAUUAUCCGAAUUCAACAGACUUAUUUCUCGGCGAACCAAAUCAAGUGUUCCCUGCUACUCGAGACUCUUAUCGACGUUCCAAUUCUGAUGCAAGUGAACGAGUUCCAUUUCCUAAUUUUGUCCACAGGCGACAUUCCAGUAUGGGUGAUGUUGGCAGUGCCGAGACAGAGCCGUACGGUCGAUUGGAAGGAACAGCGUUAGUAGACUUGAAGCUUUUACAAAAGGCAAAAGAACUUGGAAAACGUCUGUCUGGUAAAGAACUUCCGGCACAUAUCGACGACAAUGGCGAUGUCAUGUUAGAUAUGACAGGCUAUAAAGCUUCAGCCACAAAUUUUAAUAUUGCUGAACUUGCCCGUGAAACUUUUAAAGACGAGUUUCCACUAAUAGAGAAAUUAUUUCGCGAAGAUGAGGAGGGAAACCUAUGGUUUCAUGCCUCGGAAGAUGCAAAAAAAUUUGCUGAAGUUUACGGUCAUAGUCCUCCUGGAAGCCCCAUAAAAGCACCUUCUUCUCCAAAAUCCGAUUCUGCCCUUAUAAAUGAUGACAGAGGAGAUUUACGACCAUCUUCCUCAUUGUCCGAACGAUCUUUGCCUCCCUUUCCUAGUAAUCCUUCCUAUCAUUAUGCAAAAACCUUACGACUUACUUCUGAUCAGCUUCGUUCUUUGAAUUUGAAAGCUGGAAAAAAUGAUUUAUCCUUCAGUGUCAAUGGAGGUAAAGCCACGUGCACCGCCAACCUAUUCUUUUGGCGCUACAGUGAUUCUGUUGUUAUAUCAGAUAUCGACGGUACGAUUACUAAAUCUGAUGCACUCGGUCAUAUGUUUACGUUGAUCGGGAAGGAUUGGACGCACGCAGGAGUUGCCAAGUUAUAUACAGAUAUUACAAACAAUGGAUACAAGAUAAUGUAUUUAACCAGCCGCUCUGUAGGCCAAGCAGAUUCAACUAGACAUUACUUGCAGAAUAUUGAGCAAAACGGCAUUUCUCUACCCGAUGGGCCCGUGAUUCUUUCUCCUGAUCGAACAAUGGCAGCCCUACAUAGAGAAGUUAUCCUCCGUAAACCAGAGGUAUUUAAAAUGGCAUGUUUACGUGAUCUGUGUAACUUGUUUGCAUUACCAGUUCCGAGAACUCCUUUCUAUGCUGGAUUCGGGAAUCGAAUUACGGAUGCUAUUUCCUAUAAUCACGUUCGUGUUCCGCCGACAAGAAUAUUUACUAUCAACUCUUCUGGUGAGGUACAUAUUGAACUACUUCAACGGAGUGGAUAUCGAAGUACAUAUGUUUAUAUGAAUGAUUUAGUCGAUUACUUCUUCCCGCCAGUUGAGAUCUCAACCAAAGAGGAUCUGUCAAAUUUCACCGAUGUCAACUUUUGGAGAUCACCACUACCAGAAUUGAGUGACGAGGAAGAUGAACCAAAAAAGAAAUCCCCGAAACCUUCAAAAAUCACAGAGUUAGUUGAGGAAGCUCCAUCGGUAAAUGAGAAUGAUAGUGACCAAAAUAUCGAUGUGUUCAACGAUGAAGGAAGAGAUGAUAUUUCAAGCCCUCUCAUGCAAACCUUGCAAAGUAUAAAUUUGGAUGAUGAUCUUAAUUGGGAACACCAAUUUCUUGACGAAAUUGAAGAGAAGUUUGAUGAUAACUACAUGAGAGCCUAUUAA